UACUGCUCUUGCAUUAGGGAUUUUUUGUAUCUAUCCUUUGGUAUAGACUUCUAAGCUAUAGCAAAAAAGGAUAUGAUCCAGAAGAGAGAGCGCAGUCGCAAACAAUAUUUGGGAGUGAAACCACGUGUGUGUGAAAGCGAAUUGUGAAGCAAAAUAAAAUCGGAUAUUAACGAAACAGUUCUACCUUAAACGGCGUAAAGUGCUAUCGUGUCAGUUGUUUCGUGAACAGUGCUUCUUAUAAAAAAUAUACAAAGUCACUGUAAGUGUAGACCGAAACAGGAACAACAUGGCGAACCGUAAUCGUUCUCAUAAAAGUGGUGCUUUCUAUCGCAAGGCGGCAAAUCAUAUGAAAAUGAAAGUGAACAAAAAGGAUAAAAUGGAGGCUGGAUCGAGUCGUCAAAAACAACAUGACGUACCUGCCAACUCAUGCACUACUGCAGAACCUCAUGAAGAAGAAAUGCAGCAAGUGCAUUUCCCAGCAAAGCAACAUGACGUACCUGCCUCAUGCACUACUACAAAACCUGAUGAAGAAGAAAUGCAGCAAGUGGUAACAGAGGAGUUACCGGAACUGUCUGACUUUACCAACGCAGACGAAAGUUUCUCUGACACCAGCGAUGUGGAAGACGACAGUGUUCGCAACAUAGAUACUAUGUCAAUCGAAGAUGGCCUUCGAUUUUGGGCGUUGUCGAGCAAUGCACCGCAUAGUUCCGUCAAUAUGGUUUUAAAAUUGUUUAAAAAAGCAAACGUUAAAGUUCCGUCAACUGCAAAAACUUUGUUGAGGACGAAACGUAAUCCAUCGUCGGAAAUAAAAGAGAUUGGCGGUGGACAGUAUUGGUAUCGCGGAAUCACAAAAUGCUUGCUUAAUUAUUUUCGAACUAAAAAGCCUUCUUCGACAACUUUUUCAUUGACUGUUUCAGUAGAUGGUUUACCAUUGCACAACAGUAGUAGCAUGCAAUUUUGGCCCAUAUUAUUUAAAAUCAACGAACUACCCAAAGCACCGGUUAUGACAGCCGCUAUCUUCUGUGGUCUUAAAAAGCCGGAUAGCAUCGAUGAGUAUCUCGGGCCGUUGGUAAAAGAAUUAAACCUUUUGCAUUCUAACGGAAUCAAAAUCAACGGAGAACUUAUCACCAUUACGCUAAGUGCUAUCGUUGCUGACACUCCAGCCAGGGCUUUUAUAAAAGGUAAUCAAGAAACAUAAUUUUAUGCAUAUAAACGACCAGCAAAAUUAUUUAUAUUUUAUUU